AUGCUAUCUAUUCUGAGAAGUGCACAGUUAUGGACCCGCUUGAAGGUUGUGCCGAAAUCCUCGAUUUUAUUUUCUCUGAGGGUUGCUCCAAAGAUUCUUAGUUUCCACACACGUGCAGGUUUGUUUUUAAAAUAGCAAAUCAUAAGCUUAAAUAACAACAGCGACUUCUUGUUGUUAAAUAGUGUAAUAUAUUUUGUUGCAAUGAAAUGUCUCGCAAACUAGCCUAAAAGCCUAUCUGCAUUUGGAGCAGACUGCAGAUUUAGAUAAAUAAACAAAAUAAGUAAUUAAUUAAUUGGUGAUUAAUUAAACUUAAUUAGUAAAACUCAAAUGAUAAAAAAACUACAGUAACCUACUUUUAGACAUGUUACCUUGUAAGCAUAAUGAUACAAAACAUAUUUUGCCUGAGAAAUCAUUUUUAUGAUAAUAACAUUGUCCUUGUUUAAAUUUUGUAUUUAUGCAAUGUAACUUCACCAAAGAGGCUAAUAUACUGAUAACCUUCAAUCUAGAGAAAAGGUUAUAAUAUGUGAACCCAAAAUGGUCAUAUGGGAGGCAGUUAUUAAGCUUUUUAUGCUUACAUGUAUUAUUUUUGGUUAUUAUUUCUUUAUGCUUUUAGACCAAGUAAAGAAAAAUAAAAUGUUGAUCGUCCCAUUAUUUUCAUUAAACAUACUAUGGUAGCUGGCUGUCACUAGCUUAUGAAACUUUUCUUUUAUUACAAAACCUUGACAGGGCCUCUCUUUAGUGGAGAAUAUGAGAUGCAAGAUCCAAAGUCACCAGAUGAAGUGUGAGUUCAAUGUGUUAAACCUACUUCUUUGUCUUAAUGGCCAUCCUGAUAAAAUCAGAACUGACAAAUAAUUUAUGUUCCUAAAGUAAUCACUCCUGUCAGCUCCAAACCCCUGUGGAGACUCCCAUAUGAAAGGGGCGGGGAUGCUCUUCAUCUCACUGAGGGGUGUAAAUUUCAGAUUUUGGUCUCACUUAGGGUUUUCUGGACAAAAGACCAUUAUAUUUAGCGGUAAAGAUCUCUUUUAGGGUUGCACGUGAAGAAAUAUCCAAAAAUUAUGUAUUUUCAAUUUAUUUUUUUACUCAAUUCAUGUAAUCAAAGUUUAAAAUGGUCUCUUUUAGGGGUCAAAAAAGUUGGGCCAUACCCAAAUUGGUCUCCUUUAGGGGUUUUAUUCAAGAUUUCUGACGAGCAUCCCCACCACUUUCAUAUAGGAGUCCCCCCGGACUCCAUACAAGUUGUUUGUAUAGAGCUGACAAAGCCGUGUUCUAACAAGUGUUCUAGGAUGUGGUCUAGAGGGCCCAAAAGCUCACCUGCUGUAAACUGCGGCUUAUAAGUCUCCCCCACCCCUCUCGGUCAUAGUCCCCCCGUUAUAGGCCCAUCUAACUGCAAACAAAAACACAAAAACUUCUUCUGAUUAUGAGCUCAUCCGGAUAUAAGCCCCCCUGUACAGUCGACUCUCUCUUAACGAACACCUUUAUAAGACGGACACCUCUGUAAAACGGACACUUAGAGUUAGUCCGUGCCUUUCUUUACUCCUUUUAUUUGACUCUCUAUAAGACGGACACCUCUUGCAGACAGACACUUAGUGCCGGUCCAAAAGGUGUCCGUCUUAGAGAGAGUUGACUGUAAUUCUGUUCAAAAUAUAUUGAAAUGAAUUUUAUUUGUUAUGACACUUUGAAGUUUAAUUAAAAGCCAGUAAAUGCAAAAUGUGUUGUGAUCAGCAAUGCUUUAGCUUUUUUUAGAUGUUUUUUCUAUUCCGCUUAUAAGCCCACUUGCAUAUAAGCCCUCCUCUCAUUUAUAAGCCCCCCUAAAACCCGUUACAAAGAUGUUAUAAGCCCAGGGCUAGCCUGCAAACGGCAGACAUUUCUCCUCGCUCGUCGCCCCUGAGGGACGUUUCGCGAGGAGGAACGUCUGCAACUCAGCGACAGAAAUUCCAUACUGAUGACGCAAAAUCUGUCCUGAAUCCGGUCAGAAGCGCCAAUUGGUCAACGGAGUAGUUUUAUUGUUCUAGCUACUGUUUACUAAUGACAGACAAAAGAAAAAAGGCGGCAAAGGUCAAUUGUAAACGUGAUGAAUCUCUAAUAAACCAGUCAAUAUUUGUGGAAUAUAGUCUUCUCUAGAAGUAGCAUUUGAGUUUUGCUGGAGCUCAUUCGCAGAUGAACACAACACUUUUCCAAAAUCGACCAGGAGAAACGUAAAAUUGAACAAAUUUGCAUUUGGAACCCCAUGACUACCGGAUUUAUUAUGUAAACAUUGAUUUACAUCAUCAGUAUGGAAUUUCUGUCGCUGAGUCGCAGACGUUCCUCCUCGCAAAACAUCCCUCAGCGGCAAUGAGCGAGGAGAAACGUCUGCUGUGCUCAGGCUAGCGCAGGGCUUAUAAGUGCCAGCUUAUGGUAUGAAUUUAGGUUGCACAGCCCAUACUGUAGGUAUGAUAUGGAGAUUUACCAGUCUCUUAAAGUGGCAAGAGGGAAUUGCCAUGGCUCUCCAGGUGUUGCUAGAAGCCCUGCUAAAACAUUAUUUUUUGUCACAGAGUGAAUGUUACCGUCAUUGAUCGAGAUGGAAAUCCCAAAGUAUUUAAAGGGAAAGUAGGAGAUAACUUAUUAUACCUGGCUCAUCGCUAUGGCAUUGACAUGGAAGGUGAGUUGGACCUGCAUUAUAGUUGUGGACCUUUGUUUUAUAAGCAGGCAUCUUUGGGGACCAUUGCUAGUUGCUAGAAAAAACACAAUUUCCUUACUUUUAAUUUAAGAAAAUUUUCACUUCAUUUUCAGGGUCUCAAAUUAUUUAUUUCUCCUUGCCCAAAAAUUGCCUCUAGUAUAGCUGUGUUUAAUUCUAGACUCAAGUCAUUUAUGUUGGUAUAAGCAGAUUUUACUUAUUUUGGUGCUGGCUUACAUGACAGACAACCAAAAACAUUGUGACUUAACUGACCAAUUAGGUCAAUAACCAGAGUUUAAUACCAUCAACUGACAUGAUACAACUCACUUUGACUCUGAAGAUGACUACUACACAGGUUGUCAAAACAUCAGUCACUGUCAACAACAACAGUCCUAUUGAGGACUACGUUCACCUGGAUAAUCAUACUCAACGUACUUAUGAAAUAACUCCUGGGUUCAAACCUUUCGCAUUUUCACAAUGAUUAUUUUGUUCAGUAUAUGUUGUAUAGCCUACAAUUGUAGGUACUUGUCUUGUUGAUGUCAGUAUUUUGUUUCAUAAUUUUGUCCCAUGUAUUUUUAAAGUUAAUAAUAUUUUUUUAAAGUUAAUAAUGCCAGAGUUAAUUGGGACAUGAGUAAUUAAAAUAUUAAUGUCAAGUCUUUUUUGUUUGUUUUUUUUUUGGUUCACGUAACAAGGUGCAUGUGAAGCCUCUUUAGCAUGUUCAACAUGUCAUGUUUAUGUGAAGGAAGAAUACUUUGAUCAAUUACCAGAACCAGAUGAAAAGUAAGUACUUUAUGACUUCACUCUCAACUUUUUCUUUCAGCAUCAGGCACACAGCUAAACAACUUGUUUCUUAGGAAAAUCAGAGUCUCUGGAGAAAAACCUCUCAGAUUAAGAAAGAUGUACUAGCAGUAAACUUAGACUAUCCACAUGAGCUGGGAUUAAUUCUAGUGUACAAACCCAGACCACAUCGGUGUAAGAUGACUUCUUCACCAGUUUACCAUCAUUGCUAUCUAUCAUAAAUUUUUCAUGUUUAGUAUCCUAUUUCAAAUGUGCUCCUGAAUUGGCAAAAUUUUUCCAACAUUGUGAGAAGUAAAGUGCAAGGCAAGGUUUGUAUGUGUAAUCAAAUGGUGACGAGUGAAAUUAGGGAAUAAUUUCACGUGCGUUUUGUCCAAAUCCUUACAAAUUAUUAGGAUUUGGACAAAACGCAAGUGAAAUUAUUCCCUAAUUUCACGAGUAUACCAUUUGAUUACCUAUUAAUAUCAUAGGUGACGAAUUACCUUAGCAAUCUUGGAUUUUUGACAUGUUUAUCCUGGAUUGUAUCGAUCGAGAACUCCACUGUCUCAAACGUUUAGAGCUGAAAUUUGGCAUAAGUUCAGAAUUUUUCGACAAAAUAUCCGUUAGAAUCCUUCUUGAUGUGCUCUUUCGUGUGUUCAGGUGUUCUAAAGCAUCUUUUUAUGCCCUUACAUCUUCAUUCACGGCAUUUUAAAACUUCGUCACCAUCUUGACACUGAGACGUACGGAAGGGUUGCCAUGGCAAUUUUGUAAUUUCACAUGUGAAAUUACAAAUUAUCCCUGAAAUUUCGCGCCAAAAUUAUGGAGUAAUUUGUCACCUAUGAUAUUAUGAGAGAAAUUCACCCAGUCACUUUUUCAAGGAGUCCCAAGUUCCUAAGCUGUGAUGCUAGCUGUAGCAUAUUCUCUUUUUUCAUAUUUCUUUUAGAGAGGAUGAUAUGCUGGAUAUGGCACCAUUUCUUCAAGAAAAUUCAAGAUUAGGUACAAAAAUUAUUUUUGACUUCUUUCCGCUCUGAUUUGUAGCAAUCAUUGGAUGAUAAUAAUAUUGAUGAUGAUGAUGACGAUUUUAUGCUUUUCUUUCUGUUCAUUUUCAGGGUGCCAAAUAAUUUUGACUAAGGAUUUAGAAGGACUUGUAGUGACUCUACCAAAAGCAACAAGGAAUUUUUAUGUUGAUGGACAUGUACCACAGCCUCACUGA